AUGGGUCUCUCAUCAAGUAUACCUGACAGGAUCUUGCUAGAGACGGCACACAACGCAGCUAUGGAAUGUCUUGGCCCUUUGCCCCUUCACCUCUCACGCCCAUCCUCCUUUAAUAAUCUCUUUGCCCCUUCACUGCCCACGCCCAUCUCCCUUAAUCAACCCUUUGCCCCUUCACUGCUCACGCCCAUUCCCCUCAGUCAGCCCUUUGCCCCUUCACUGCCCACGCCCAUCCCAUUCAAUCAACUCUUUGCCCCUUCACUGCUCACGCCCAUUCCCCUUAAUCAACUCUUUGCCCCUUCACUGCUCACGCCCAUUCCCCUUAAUCAACUCUUUGGCCCUUCAUUGCUCACGCCCAUCUCCCUCAGUCAGCCCUUUGCCCCUUCACUGCUCACGCCCAUCUCCCUCAGUCAGCCCUUUGCCCCUUCACUGCCCACGCGCCCACCCCUUAAUCAACUCUUUGCCCCUUCACUGCUCACGCCCAUCUCCCUCAGUCAGCCCUUUGCCCCUUCACUGCUCACGCCCAUUCCCCUAGAUCAACCCUUUGCCCCUUCACUGCCCACGCCCAUCUCCCUAAUCAACUCUUUGCCCCCUUCACUGCCCCACGCCCAUCCCCCUUAA